UAUUAUUACCCCCUUAAUCCAACGGACCCAACAUCUCCCUGCUUCUCUGCUACACCAGGGGAGAAAAUCAUCACACUCUCACACAAUCUUCUCUGCCGUCUCCGGCUGUCUUUCCGAAUUUCCAAUUCUGCCACCUGUCUGUGUUCUGAUUCUCCAUAUUUGAUGUGAUGGCUGAUUCGGACAACGAUUCGGGAGGACACAACAAUAGCAACGCAAACAGCGAGUUGUCGGCGAGGGAGCAAGACCGGUUCUUGCCGAUAGCGAAUGUGAGCCGGAUCAUGAAGAAGGCAUUGCCUGCGAAUGCCAAGAUAUCGAAGGAUGCCAAAGAGACGGUGCAGGAGUGCGUGUCGGAGUUCAUAAGUUUCAUCACGGGAGAGGCGUCAGAUAAGUGUCAGCGUGAGAAACGGAAGACGAUUAACGGCGACGAUUUGCUGUGGGCCAUGACGACUUUAGGAUUCGAGGAGUACGUGGAGCCUCUCAAGAUUUACUUGCAGAAGUACAGGGAGAUGGAAGGGGAGAAGUCCACGUUGGGGAGAGACAAAGAUGGUGGUGGUAGCGGUGGAGUUGGCGGUAGUAGUGGUGGUGGCGGUGGUGGGAGUGGAGGGGUGAGCUCAAGUGGACCCGGUAGUGCUGGUGGAUAUAAUGGAGGGAUGUAUGGUGGGAUGAUGAUGAUGGGUCAUCAAGGACACGUGUACGGUUCUGGUGGGUAUCAUCAUCAAAUGGGUGUCGGGAAUGCUAGUAGUGGUGGUGGAGGAGGAAGUGGUGCAGCUGUUAGAUCAAGUUAGGUCUUUUAUGAGGCAUUGACUUAUGGGGAUGUAGAAGAUACAUAGACCUUAAUUGUACUUUGUUAAGUAAUCUUGUAUUUUAAUGUCUUUUUAUAUAUUGUGAAUUAUUGUGACUUCUAGUAUUGAUCUCAUCUGUGGUUUGAAUUGGUAAAAGCAUCUGUUGAAGUUGUAAAUUGGGGAAAAAAUAGUUGAACAGACAGCUAGCUUUGAGUUCUGACAGAUGCUUAAGAAAAGUAUUGAUUGUUCGGACAUGUUCUUUUUGAGGAAGGAAAGUGGGAGAUAUGUAAUGUAGAAAACUCCCCAAAUCUGCCAUUUGUCCAUCUCUGAAUGAUUUAUAACUUUUUAUGUAAUGUAACAAAUGAAGAAAGAGUAAAGAUUGCUGCUUUCUGUUA